AUGGACAAGACUGGCAAGGGGGUCUGCCUAUGGCAUCAACAGGGCAAUUGUCCGUACGGCCAGAAAUGCUCCCUCAGACAUAUCGUUGGCGACAAGCAAGUGGUUUGCAAGCAUUGGCUCCGAGGGUUGUGUAAAAAGGGAGAUGGUUGCGAGUUUCUCCACGAGUAUGAUCUAACAAAAAUGCCGGAAUGUUUCUUCUUCUCAAAAUAUAUGGCUUGCUCCAAUCGUGAAUGCCCUUUCCGCCAUAUUGACCCGGAGAGCAAGAUGAAAGAUUGUCCAUGGUAUGAUCGCGGUUUUUGCAGACAUGGCCCCUACUGCAAGAAUCGGCAUCGAAGGCGUGUCAUCUGCCCAAACUUUGUUUUCGGAUUCUGUGCAGAAGGCAAAGAGUGUAAAUUUGCCCAUCCAACAUUCGAGCUCCCAGCCGCCGAAAAUCCGAUCACCAAUAAUAAACGGGGAGGUUUCUACAAUGCUUCAAUUAUUUGUCAUAAUUGUCACGAGAAGGGCCACAAAGCGACGUUCUGCCCGAGAUUGCCGGGUUCGCAACAGGGCGGUACGGCGGCGGCUCCUCAGCAGGCAUUCCGGGUUUUCGACGCUUCGAUGAUCCCAGAAAAGAAGAGUCUUUCAGAAGUCACCUGCUAUAAGUGUGGUGAGAAGGGUCAUUACGCCAAUCGAUGUCACAAGGGUGUGCUGGCCUUCCUUUCGAAUACCGCCCAUUUGGCCCAGGAGCAGCGCGAAAAAGACGAAAAGGAGGGCAGGUUUUUC